CACAGCCAAUCAGAGACUCAGUCUGUCACUACUUAUCCCCAUUUCACCACCUAGCUGUGUUUUUUUUGUUGGCUUCUGAAGUGAACACAAUGACUUCCUACACAGACAAAGGAGAAAAGCAUAAACAAGGCAGAUUUCUUCACUUCCACCACAUUACAUUCUGGGUGGGAAAUGCCAAGCAGGCGGCGUCAUUUUACUGUGACAAAAUGGGCUUUGAACCCUGCGCCUAUAAAGGACUGGAGACUGGGAGCCGAGAAGUGGCAUCACAUGUUAUCAAACAAAACAAGAUCCUGUUUGUUUUCCAGUCAGCACUGAACCCAGGCAACAGAGAAAUGGGAGAACAUCUCAUAAAGCAUGGAGACGGAGUGAAGGACAUUGCUUUCCAGGUGGAGGACUGUGACUACUUAGUUAAGACAGCAAAAGAACGUGGAGCAGUUAUUGUCAAGGAACCUUGGAUAGAAGAGGACGAGCACGGAAAAGUCAAGUUUGCAAUUGUCCAAACGUAUGGAGACACCACACACACAUUGAUUGAGUUCCUCGGACCCUACAAAGGCCUUUUCCUGCCUGGGUACAAGCCCCCACUCUUUACAGAUCCCCUUGUAGCCAAGUUACCACAAGGCAAUCUAAAUUUUAUUGAUCACAUUGUUGGAAACCAGCCUGAUGAUGAUAUGGUUCCCGUUUCAGACUGGUACCAGAACUGUCUUCUGUUCCAUCGUUUUUGGUCUAUAGAUGAUAAACAGAUUCAUACGCAGUACAGUUCAUUACGUUCAAUUGUGGUCACUAAUUAUGAAGAGACAAUAAAGAUGCCAAUUAAUGAGCCUGCCCCUGGAAAGAAGAAGUCUCAGAUUCAGGAGUACGUUGAUUAUAAUGGAGGACCGGGAGUCCAGCACAUCGCUCUCAACACCUCAAACAUCAUUGAGGCUAUUGUUAAUUUAAAAGCAAGAGGAAUGGAAUUUCUUGAAGCUCCUGACUAUUACUAUGAGACUCUGAGAGAGAAGUUAAAAGUGGCCAAGAUCAAAGUGAAAGAGGAUUUGAAGAUUUUGCAGGACCUGAAAAUCCUGGUGGACUUUGACGAUAAGGGCUACCUCCUGCAGAUCUUCACCAAACCUCUUCAAGACAGACCCACCCUCUUCCUUGAGGUCAUCCAGCGGUACAAUCACUUUGGAUUUGGAGCUGGCAAUUUCAAGGCCCUGUUUGAAGCAAUAGAGAAGGACCAGGACAGCAGGGGAAACCUGACGAUUUUCUCUUCAGAUGGACAGCCUAAGGCCUUCUAUUAGCGUUCUGUUGUAGACGUCUUCGUUUGAAGCACCGUGCUUUGUAUUUAAGCUUUACUGCAGAUUGCUUUAACCGCACCACAGCCUUCCACUUUCAGAUAUCGGCUGACGGAGCUCAGGAUCUUAGUUUGUCCGCCUUCUCCAAUGUAGACAAGUUCAGUCAGGAUUCUGCACGCACGUUGGAUAAAAUCAUUAUGCUGUUUCAGGUUUUCAUUUUGAUCACAAUGUUCAAUAUUCAGACAUCCUCACCACCACAACAUCGUCACUUCCUCCCAGUCGGUGUCCAUACACAUUACAACAGCCAGGUCGGCCUGUCCUUUAAAUGGAGGAUACCAUGCCAUCUCUCUUAGCUGGCCAAUGCACAGCCUUCUUAAUGUGAGAGCUUUAUAGUGCCAAUCGGUUUACACAGUUAUCACUGCCACAUAUACAGAGUACAGUGCAAUGAAGGCUUCAUGGUUUGUGAUGCUGAUCUGAUGUUUAUGUUGAAGACAAAAGAGAAAUUAACACCCGGUGUGAAACAUAAUAAUAUAACCACUUGAAACAGGUACAAUUGCAACUAAAGACUAAAUGAGCGAAUCAAAAUGAGUUUAAUAAAGCAAUCAAAUGAAGUGUC